AUGUUCACUCAUUCUAGAUGUAUAUUAGGCGAAACGAGUGCUACGCUAUCAUUGACAUCUCGAAUAAAGUUGAAUGAUGGAAAUUCAAUUCCAAUAUUUGGAUUAGGUCUAUAUAGACAAGAAGCAAGUACAGUAACUGCCAACAUCGUCGCAAAAGCAACAGAAUUAGGAUAUCGAUUAUUUGAUACGGCUGAAGUCUAUGAAAAUGAACAACAAACGGGAGAUGGAUUAAAAGCAGCACAAGUCAAGCCAUCGAGAGAAGAAAUAUUCAUUUCAACAAAAGUGUUUACAACGGAAGGAGGACGUCAUCAUUUUUUACAAACAUUUGAACAAAGUCUUAAGAAACUACAAGUAGAUUAUAUUGAUCUUUACUUUAUUCACUCACCACAAGGAGGACACGUACUUGAAGUUUAUGACGCUA